AUGCAACCUUACUCGGGGAACUGGACCCUGGUGACUGAAUUUGUCAUGGUGGGUUUUGCUGGUGUCCAAGAAGUCCGCCAUCUUUUCUUCAUCCUCUUCCUCCUCAUGUACCUGUUCACUGUGACAGAGAACUUGGCCAUCAUCCUUGUGGUGGGCUUAGACCAUAGGCUCCAGAGACCCAUGUACUUCUUCCUGACCCAUCUUUCUUGCCUUGAAAUCUGGUAUACUUCAGUCACUGUGCCCAAGAUGCUGUCAGGAUUCAUUGGGAUAGCUGGGGGCAAGACAAUCUCGUAUGCUGGCUGCCUGUCCCAACUUUUCAUCUUUACCUUCCUUGGUGCCACAGAGUGUUUUCUGCUCGCUGCUAUGGCAUAUGACCGGUAUGUGGCUAUUUGUGAGCCUCUACGUUAUGUAGCUCUGGUGUCCUGGGGUACCUGCAUCCGCCUGGCUGCUGCCUCCUGGCUGCUGGGUUUCCUCACCCCAAUCCUGCCCAUCUACCUCAUGAACCAGCUCACAUUCUGUAGUUCGAAUGUCAUCGAUCACUUCUUCUGUGAUGCAUCGCCCCUGCUGGCACUCUCGUGCUCAGAUGUCACACUGAAGGAGAAAGUUGACUUCCUGAUUUCACUGGCUGUGCUUCUGGUCUCAUCCGUGGUCAUUGCCGUGUCCUAUGGUAACAUUGUCUGGACGUUACUGCACAUACACUCGGCGGCAGAACGCUGGAAGGCUUUUUCCACCUGUGCUGCCCACUUGACGGUUGUGAGCCUUUUCUAUGGGACACUUUUCUUCAUGUAUGUCCGGACCAAGAUGGCCUCCUCUAUGAACUUCAAUAAAGUGGUGUCAGUGUUCUACUCUAUUGUCACGCCCAUGCUCAACCCUCUCAUCUAUAGCCUUCGAAACAAGGAGGUGAAGGGCGCCCUGGGCAGAGCCUUCUCACUCAAGUUGUUUAAAGGGUCAUGA